AUGGUUGACAAAGGUAACAUCACCUUUGGUCAGUCUCAGGACUUGGGCAGGAAGCAUAGAUUACCUCUAAUGAUUGACAAAGGUAACAUCACCUUUGGAGAGUCUCAGAAGUGGGGUAGGAAGCAUAGAUUACAGCCAACGGUUGACAAAGGUAACAGCCCGUUGGUCUCUUCCCCAGCAGAUGUCAGGUCGUAUGACGACAAGACGGUGGUGAUCAAGGAGCUGGUCGUUCCUGACAAUCCCAGUGAUGGGGACGACGUUACGCUCACCUGUCGUUUCGAGCUGACUGGUUACAACCACAGAUUGUACACAGUCAACUGGUGGAGAGGCAAGGAUCAGUUCUACACCUACAAAGGAACUAACUACGAUCACAAGCACGCCUACACCUUCCGUGGUAUACAAGUGAAGAAGGAAGAGUCGACGGACGAGUCUGUGGUUCUCAAGAACGUGUCAGAGGACACUUCGGGUGUUUUCAAGUGCGAGGUGAUGGGGGAGGGUCCCUCCUUUCGCACGGCAGUUGAAACCAAGACUAUGACUGUUAUAGUGCCACCCAAACAAGUUGAGAUCCACUCCUGGGCCAACCCCGACCCUCCUACAUACCGUGCUGGAGAGACCAUCCAGAUCAACUGUACUGCUAGAGGAACCAAGCCAAGAGCACAUAUUACGUGGAAAAUCAAUGGAAGACCGGUGAGAGACCUCAACGUGGUAAGGUACGCGGACUUCGAGGACCACCGUGGUCGUGUGACCUCCACCCUGGGUCUUCGCUGGAUGGCACCAGAAUACUUCCACAACAACCUGGCCAGAGUCACCUGCACGGCUACUGUUGGAGAUCACUCUAACGCAGCCUCCAAAGACAUAUACCUAGACCCAGCCUCCAGCGCCGCCUUCAAUCACCCAUACGGCUCUGCGGGACAUCAUCUGCCAACCACUUGGACUAUCGUCAGCCUCACCUUCUUCCAUGUAGUCCGGAGUCUGCCCUAGAAGUCUGCCCUAGGAGUCUGCCCUAGGAGUCUGCCCUAGGAGCCUGCCCUGGGAGUCUGCCCUAGGAGCCUGCCCUGGGAGUCUGCCCUAGGAGUCUGCCCUGGGAGUCUGCCCUGGGAGUCUACCCUAGGAGUCUGCCUAGGAGUCUGGCCUAGGAGCCUGCCCUAGGAGCCUGCCCUAGGAGUCUGCCCUAGGAGUCUGCCUAGGAGUCUGGCCUAGGAGCCUGCCCUAGGAGUCUGCCCUAGGAACCUGCCCUAGGAGUCUGCCCUAGGAGUCUGCCCUGGGAGUCUGCCCUAGGAGCCUGCCCUGGGAGUCUGCCCUAGGAGUCUGCCUAGGAGUCUGGCCUAGGAGCCUGCCCUAGGAGUCUGCCCUAGGAACCUGCCCUAGGAGUCUGCCCUAGGAGUCUACCCUAGGAGUCUGGCCUAAGAGUCUGCCCUAGGAGCCUGCCCUUGGAGUCUACCCUAGGAACCUGCCCUAGGAGUCUGCCCUAGGAGUCUACCCUAGGAGUCUGGCCUAGGAGUCUGCCCUAGAAGCCUGCCCUAGGAGUCUACCCUAGGAACCUGCCCUAGGAGUCUACCCUAGGAACCUGCCCUAGGAGUCUACCCUAGGAGCCUGCACUAAGACAAGCACUAUCAAAAAGGAGAUAGAGACGAAGAGACCGUCUCUCCCGUGUGUGUGUUAUAUUUUUAUUGUUUAUCUCAGCCAGUCCACAGGCCUACUCUCCUGGGCCUAUAGAAUAGUCUUGUGGUUUGGUCCUGCAGUAUGGUCCUGCAGUAUGGUCCUGCAAUAUGGUCCUGCAGUAUGGUCCUGCAGUAUGGUCCUGCAAUAUGGUCCUGCAGUAUGGUCCUGCAGUAUGGUUCUGCAGUAUGGUCCUGCAGUAUGGUCCUGCAAUAUGGUCCUGCAGUAUGGUCCUGCAGUAUGGUCCUGCAAUAUGGUCCUGCAGUAUGGUCCUGCAAUAUGGUCCUGCAGUAUGGUCCUGCAGUAUGGUCCUGCAGUAUGGUCCUGCAGUAUGGUCCUGCAGUAUGGUCUCUGCAGUAUGGUCCUGCAGUAUGGUCCUGCAGUAUGGUCCUGAAGUAUGGUCCCUGCAGUAUGGUCCUGCAGUAUGGUUCUGCAGUAUGGUUCUUGCAGUAUUAUCCCUGCAGUAUGGUCCUGCAGUAUGAUCCCUGCAGUAUGGUCCUGCAGUAUGGUCCUGCAGUAUGGUCCUACAGUAUGGUCCUACAGUAUGGUCCUGCGUUAGGCUGGAAAUACAACAUAAAAUUCCCCUCAUUACGUCACAGUCUCCAGCUGGACAACAAGAGGAGACACACACAUACUAAGCUACGAAAUGAUGCUCAAUAGUAACCCAGAGAAGUACUGGUCUUUAUUCUGGGAGGGAGAAAGGGGAGGAAAAGGGGAGGGGAGAGAACUUGGGUUCCGAACCCCUCAAGAAAGGGGCUGCAAAUAUGUGGGUUAUGAACAGCCCAUAUUCUUCUUCUCUCCUCCCCCCUCCCAUCUCUCUCCCUCUCUCCCUCUCUAUCUAUCUAUCUAUCUAUCUAUCUACCUAUCUAUCUAUCUAUCUAUCUAUCUAUCUAUCUAUCUAUCUAUCUGUCUGUCUAUCUAUCUAUCUAUUUAUCUAUCCAUCUUACGUUCUUCGCAUUCAUUUAUUUGCGCUAGCAUUCUUCUUCUUUUCCACCUCAGUAUCGUGAUUUAUUCCUCCCGGCUUGAAUAAACUGGUGAGAGUAACAAAAAAAUGCACUUUCCUCCUCCACCUCAUGAAUUCAUUGCCUGCAAAUGAACUCUGGGAGAAGCAAGGAAGAGAGUUUGAGUGCAGGAUGCAGCCUCAACCACCACUGGCGCUCUCAGCCUCUCCCUCCACACCGGUAAUUUCCAAGACGGGAGAGACAGGAGUUGACAGAUGAAGCGGGAAUGCAUUUAGUGAUGAGCUUUUGUUAUGGACUGCAUCCGGCUCUUUGUACAGCUUCAUUAAGUCAUGAAUAGAGAUCCAUCAAGAGCCAGGUGCAUAGUACAGGUUUGAUAUGCACUGAAAAUGUCUUAUGCCAUAGGUAAAGAGGCAGCACCUGCUGUCUUAGUGCCAGCGUGCAGGUGAGUGAGACAUACAAGGCUGUGUUGCGGUCAAGAACUUAAUUUUCUAUAGUUCUCCGGGAUAACUUAACACUGCCUGGUGUACCUUGUGUCAUCCAGCAGGCAUUUAUCGUUCCUGAUGGGGAAGCAGUCAAGCAGACAGAGAGAGAGAACUGGCAGUUUUGCCAACUGACAGCUGCUGCCUGUAUCUCUGAAGAGACACACAAAACAGUUAUAUUUUGCCAAUGUUUUGAGUUAAAUUCUGAAAGUGAUGAACAACUACUGGAAUGGAAGCUGUAGUCUGUGACCUCGUCCAGGUUAAUACAUGACCCAUGAACUGUGUAAAAUAUUCAGAUGUAAUCCACUGUGGGUUACAAAUAAAUUAUGAUUAAGACACAUGUCCAACAGUUUCGUAUCUUUACUGUUAAAACGUUAUCGCCUACACAGUAGGCUUCUUCAGUCAAAUAUGGAGGCAGCAGGAGUAGCAGCCAAGUAAAGUUGAUGUAAUCAGUCUAUCAACCUUGAAGAAACUAGUAUUUGAGGUGGUCAGUCCCUCAGCCUGGAGACGAAUUCUGCUCCAUGGUCUGGAACAAGGUGGUCAGUCCCUCAGCCUGGAGAAGAAUUCAGCUCCAUUGUCUGGAACAAGGUGGUCAGUCCCUCAGCCUGGAGAAGAAUUCUGCUCCAUUGUCUGGAACAAGGUGGUCAGUCCCUCAGCCUGGAGAAGAAUUCAGCUCCAUUGUCUGGAACAAGGUGGUCAGUCCCUCAGCCUGGAGAAGAAUUCAGCUCCAUUGUCUGGAACAAGGUGGUCAGUCCCUCAGCCUGGAGAAGAAUUCAGCUCCAUUGUCUGGAACAAGGUGGUCAGUCCCUCAGCCUGGAGAAGAAUUCAGCUCCAUUGUCUGGAACAAGGUGGUCAGUCCCUCAGCCUGGAGAAGAAUUCAGCUCCAUUUCUGGAACAAUUAGAAAGACAUCAAGAAUAAAAACACCCAACUGUUCCACAUGUGUCUUAAUCAUCAACUUGUCAGUAUUUUAUACCAUUUUCAACAUUUAAAUUAAUAAUAACUGGUGACAGGAUGAGAUGGUAGAUGUGAUACUGACUAUUAUUUAUCUUUUUACCGAGAAAGACACAGGAAGAACAACGAAUAAUUCUGAGGAAAUGUAUUAUUUUUCCCUCAGUAGAGCGUUUAUCUGGCCCCGUUUAGAGCUUUGCAAAGCUCCUUAUCUCCCCCUGCCUUCCAGCCUGGCAUUCAUACUUCUAAAGCUCAAUGGGCUACAGGCUUCGACUCCCCUCCUGUCUUUAAGGCUCAGUUACUGCCGCCUCAACACACCAAAAGCCUCCUUACUGAUCUGGUUUUAAUUUUCAAUCCCCCUCUUUUUUUCCUAGGAGUCUAAAAUGAACUGAAAAAUUUUGGAUGUGGAGAAAGUGGCUAAGAUAUAAUACAUAAAUCAGAAGUGAUGAAUUUUGGAUUUGUGUGUGUGUAUGUAUGUGUGUGUGUGUGUGUGUGUGUGUGUGU